CUAAGUUCCUGAGGCUGGCUUUGAGCUUGAAAUCCUCCUGCCUCAGCCUCCUGAGCCACUGGGAUAACAGGCAUGUGCUACCAUACCUGUGAACUAAAGUUUAAAGCUGAGAAAAUUCAUAUGAAUAUAGAGAUCUGGAGAGAUGACUGGGGAGCCCUGGAAGUCAGGAUCAGAAGUUGGACCCCAUUCUGGCUGGACAAAACAAGGACGAUGCCCAUUCUCUCUAGGGCUGGGAAAGGAAAUGCCCUCUGGUAGCAUCAGCCUGUGUGGGGUGUCCCUGGGGGACAAUGGGAGGAAGUCUUACUUUAUACCUUCCCACCAGUCUGGUUUCUUAUAAGCUGACAUUCUUUCUCUGGUGGCCUCAGCAAGAUGGGCCUACAGUGGACCUCUCUUUCCUUAUUCUCCUCCUAUUUAGGGUCCUGCCUGAGUACCCAUAACCACCCCAGCUUCCCAGGUAGGGUUUUAGUGUGCUUUCUCCAUCAACCCUCCUCUUAUUUCCUGCCUUCCCCAAAGAGAGAGGUUAGAGUUUGACCAUUGGGGCUCUGCAUACUAAUUUAUGCAAAUAAGAUAGAAAUAGUGCAAAACCUUACCCGCUAAAGAAGCAAGUGCCCUGACAGCUAGAAUCUGGGAGGUGGAAAAAGAACUGCAGAGAGAUCUGGGAGAAACAUGUCCAAACUGUGCCCACGGACCCUGUGUCUCCCUGAAGAACCCAGGGAACUGAAAGCCAGCAAAGUUUGUCCUGGAACCCCAGGAAGUACUGGGGAGAAAGGAGCUCCAGGUCCCCAAGGUGAGAUGUGUUGGGGAGCUGGCAGGGCCCUUUGGUUAACCUGGCAGCCAGGGUACAGGUGUGAGGAUGUAGCAGUUGCAGUUUGUGGCAGCCUGGACCUCAGCAAGAUGGACCCCAAGGGUGAACCUGUGUUUCCAAGGUGACAGGAUGGUUCUGUGGAUUUAUUUCAUUUGUGGUCAUCCUACAAAGCAGGUUUUGGGAGCUAGGAGUCUGAGUUCUGGCUGGGGAAUGAGAACUUACACCAGCUCACCCUUCAGGGGGAGUUCCCAGCAAGGUCAAAGGGCUCUAAGGGUACGGUCUUCCAUCCCUCCCAAGUCCACACCUGUUGCUUGAGACUUUCUCAGGAUAAUAUCCCUAAGGGUGCCAGGCAUGGGGUGGAUCCCUACGGUGCCCUCCAGGAAGGGACUGCAGGAAGGGACUCCUUGAGCUUCCACAGUUGGAAGCCUUUUACCACUGACACCCACCAUGACUCAAAUGGGAACAGCUGCUCAGAGGUUGUCCCUGGUGCCUGGUGGUAUGAAUCCUGUUAUCAAUCCAAUCUCAACAGUCACUAUGCAGUGUCUGAGGCCACUGCCCACAAGCAUGGCAUCAAUUGGGCCUCUGUUGUGGGUCACCCCUACCACAGGGUUCCAAUGUUGCUCCACUAGGGUGCCCUGCAGUGCCCUUAUCUCUCCUGAACAGCUUCCGGACCCUCAACCACCUCCCCACUACA